AUGCUCGAAUUCAUAGACCUCUCCAACAACCGCCUCGUUGCUGGCCUCCCGGCGUUUGCCGGCAACCUGGCGCCGGGGCAGCGCGUGGGGGCGUACUUUGAUGUCAGCGACAACAUGCUCAGCGGCAGCGUGCCGGCCGGCCUUAGUAACCUGGCUGUGUUCAACCCCAAGGUGGCGGCGCUGUACCCAACAAGAGCCGCCCCCAAUGGCAGCCCAGCCAAGGCGUUUGACAUCAGCGGCAACCUCCUCUCGGGGCCCGUGCCCCCCUUCCUCUGGACGCUGCUUCCGGCCGCCGCGGCCGCAGCCUGCCCGCCCAGCCCCGGCGCCCUUUACUGCCCAAACAUGCGCGUCGGCCUGAGGGGCCCCCACCAGGCACUGACCUGCCCGCCGGCGCCGCCGGCGCCCCCACAGUCUUUCCUCUCGGAUCAGGAGCUGGCCAUGCGGCAGCUUCUCGUCAGCUGCACAGAUCCCGUCACCGGAGAUCUGAUGGAGCUCGUCUCUGUCGUCACCGGCCGGCCCAGAUCUCUCAAAGACGCAUCCAACGGCGUCGCAUCAACGUUCGACGACGGCAUCGUCGUCCCACUUGUCGGCACGCUCGCGCCGCCCCGUCCGGGCGGCGGCGCCAGCAAGCUGCCCGCAGGGGCGGUGGCCGGCAUUGUGAUCGGCGUCAUCGCGGCUGUGGGGAUCGUCGGCGGCGCCGGCUUUGUGCUCGGCAAGCGGUGGCACGCGGCGACGAUGGCGCGGCGAUGGGAGAAGUUCCGGGACGAGCCGUUGCCUGCCCCGCGCGCCGCGCCGCCGGCCCGCCCGCCGUUGCGCAGCGUCGGCGGCCCCGACGGCUCCAACCUGCCGCGGUCUGGCGGCGGCGGCGGCGUGAACGGCGGCCCGCCCCGCACGACGAGCGGCGGCCCGGCGGCGGCGGCCACCAGGAACGGCCGGAGUCCGGAUGGUGUGGCGCUGUCGAGCUAUCCGAGCGGCGGCAGGGGCGCCAGGCCCGCUUCCGGCAGCGGCGCCGCGCCGCAGCCCACCUCCCAGAGCCGCCCCGUGCUGACGCCCGACCUCCGGAAGAUCUUCGACAACAACGCGAUCUGA